UUCUGCUCUAGUCGCGCAUUGAGAGUUGUCCGAGGAGAUAGCUUCUUACUGCAAUUUUAAUAAAUAUUUUAUAUUAUAUUAAAGUUAAGAUGUCGGAAGGUGAGGACACGCAAACGCAAACAAAGUUUGAGUUCAAAAAGAAACCCCGGAAACAUCUUCGUCAGCGGAAAUCAUCGAAGAGUGAUGGCGAAGAGUUAGAGCAGGGCACAGAAGGGGAAAUUUUAUCAAAGCUAGAAGAAACCAAAGAACGACAGAAGCUGCGCAACCGGCGCAAUGGUGUAAACAUUUUGAGUUUGGCCGCCGGCAAGAAAGUUACCACCGAAGAAGAAAUAACAGUAAAAGAUCCCUUCAACAUUAAAACUGGUGGCAUGGUGAAUAUGCAAGCGUUAAAAGCGGGAAAGUUAAAAACAGCCGUUGAAGAUCCAUACGAUACUGGAAUCGGUACCCAAUUCUCCGCGGAAACAAACAAACGGGACGAAGACGAGGAAAUGAUGAAGUACAUUGAGGAAGAGCUCGGUAAACGCAAGGGUCUUGCACAGGAGCAGGACAAACAGAUCGAUGGAGAAUCUUCUUCUAAAUACCUCAGUCCAGAGGAAGCAGCCUUACUGUCGCUGCCUGCUCAUCUCAGCCAGACGUCCUCGUUACGCUCCGAAGAAAUGCUGUCAAAUCAGAUGCUUAGCGGAAUCCCGGAGAUCGAUCUGGGUAUCGAGGCGAAAAUCAAAAACAUUGAGGCAACGGAAGAAGCCAAACUUAAGUACAUGCAGGAGCAGCAGCGCAAAAAGGAUCUUCCAUCACACUUUGUGCCUUCGAACAUGGCCGUCAAUUUCAUGCAGCACAAUCGCUAUCGCAUCGACAAUCCGAACCCUCCGAAGCGGCGACAUCAGGAAGAUAACCGAGAUCAACGUAAUGAUGAUCGAAUUCCAAAGAAGGCAACGGACGAUUAUCACUUUGAUAAAUUCAAAAAACAGUACCGACGACACUGAUGAGCCCCUUCUGUUGUUUGUCUUCCGUGGCGCGGUUCAUAUUUAACAAAUUCUUUGCUAGUGGCUAAAUCGUGGCUUGAGGAUUGUGUUUAAUAUUAAUGCUAUUGCGUUCCCUUCUUUUGCUGCCGUUGAAAUCUUUUGAACGCUGACAUUGAAACAUUCACCGCAGACAAGAUGCUCAAUUUUUCCCCAAUAAAGUGAAAAAUUUAAUAGUUUUUAAUCAAUCAUGCAAGUGAAACGCUAGGACUUUAAAUAAACUGGAUA